AAGAUCAUGGAACUCAAUGGUGGACAACUGCCUCUAACUUACCAGAGUCCAGACUCUCAUCAGCAAAAUGGAACCUCUAGAGAUACCAGUAGAGACAAUGUGACAUGGUAAUUGCCCCAUAAACUGCAAACUCGUCCAUGCCUCGGCUUUCGGUUGAAACUGCCCCCUGUAACCGUGAUGUCAUAGGUGAGCAGUCCAAACCCACGACGUCAAGGCCCCUGAAACUUGUAAUAAGUAAGUAACUAAGGUCUGUAAUUUCCACCUACCCAAACACUGUGCAAACCAACGCUUAUCUUAACUUCUGUGAACCACUUAAGUAACAAAAAUCGGAAUGUCCGAAGCCUCUCGCCCUCACUCCCUCCCAGGAGGUGGUUUACAGGCAUUAAAGGUCUUAACACCCUCCUUUCAGUGCCGCAGUUUAAAGAGAGGCAAGUCCUCCGUGGCCACUGACAAUAAAAGCCCUGUAAUUUGGCCUAGUCUUUGUCUCAGUGGCAAUUUCAGGCUCCCACGGUUUCAACAAUUACUUUAGAAGGGAUACAGAAGUGCACAAUUUCUCUGUCUGAUGAUCAUAAUGAGAAAUAUGGAGUCUCUUCACUGGGGGAGCUCGGUUUUGAUACAGAUUAUCCUCUGCAGUGUGGCCAGGCGAAGAAAUUGAAGCACUUACUCAUUUGGAAAGAAAAGCUUGGGUGGCAAACUUUGAAAGACCUUGAAUAAAUGCAAACUCUCUGCUUGGAAGCCCUACUGGACUUGGUCCCUAUCUCCGAUUUGGCUGUUUGUCAUGUCGGCUGUUUUACUUCCAACUAACAGAUCUCUACCAAAGGGUAAAGAAGAGCAGCUCCCCUCCCCUUUCCCUUUAUGGGAAACUGCUAUGGCGUGAGUUUUUCUAUACCACAGCAACAAAUAAUCCACGCUUCGAUAAAAUGGAAGGAAACCCUAUCUGUGUUCAGAUUCCUUGGGAUAAAAAUUCUCAGGCUUUAGCCAAGUGGGCAGAAGGCAGAACAGGCUUUCCCUGGAUUGAUGCCAUCGUGACUCAGCUUCCUCAGGAGGGCUGGAUUCAUCAUCUAGCCAGGCAUGCAGUUGCUUGCUUCCUGACACGGGGAACCUGUGGAUUAGUUGGGAAGAAGGAAUGAAGGUAUUUGAAGAAUGAUUGCUUGAUGCAGAUUGGAGCAUAAAUGCUGGAAGUUGGAUGUGGCUGUCUUGUAAUUCCUUUAUUCAACAGUUUUUUUCACUGCUAUUACCUUCUUGGUUUUGGUAGAACAGAUCCUAAUGGAGACUAUAUCAGGUGUUAUUUGCCUGUCCUAAGAGGCUUCCCUGCAAAAUAUAUCGAUGAUCCCUGGAAUGCACCAGAAGGUAUCCAAAAGGUAGCCAAAUGUUUGAUAGGAGUUAAUUAUCCUAAACCAGUGGUGAAGCAUGCUGAGGCAAGUCGUUUGAAUAUUGAAAGAAUGAAACAGAUCUAUCAGCAGCUUUCACAAUAUAGAGGACUAGGCCUUCUAGCUUCAGUACCUUCUAAUCCUAGUAGGAAUGGAAGCUCCAUGGGAUAUUCUGGAGAAAAAAUCCCAGGCUGUAGCAGCAGUGGACGUUGCUCUCAAGGGAGUGGUAUUUUACACUGUGCCCAUGGCGACAUUCAGCAAACUCACCUAUUGAAGCAAGGAAGAAGGUCAAUGAGCACUGGUCUUAGUGGUGGGAAACAUCCUAGUCAGGAAGAGGACACACAGAGACAGCGCUAAUUAGGAAACAUUCAGGAGGAACACUGUUGCAGCUGAAAUUGGUGGGGAGUUCAAUACUUUUCAGUUCAGUUAUUUAAAAAUAUUCUUCAUUGAUGGAAAGCAGUUCCAUACUGAAAUGUGUUGUUUCAAAUGACAUUUCUGUGGUUUUUACCUUUUUAAUGAAUUUCACAAAAAACAAGUGGUAAUUUGUGUAUAAAGAACUUGGCCAGAUAAUUUGCUUAAUGUAAAUCUAAAUAGUCACAAUUAGUAUAGACCCAUCCGUAUAUUUUUGAUAAUUUUUCAUGUAGGGUAAAAGUUAAAAUGAGAAAUUGAUAAUCUGAUAUAAAACUUAAAGUUUUGACAGUCAGUGGGGAAAAAAGGAGGCUUUUAGACUUUCUUAAAAGACUUAAAAUUUUAGGACAGAAUUUUCUUAACAUUGUUGUUUGAUCUAACUUUUCAUAAUAAUGUUUUGGAUACUGUGCAUAAUCAAAAUUGGUAUUGUAACCUCUGUUAACACAGAUAGUAUAUGUUUUAAACUUUCACGUAAACCUUUUUUCACCCAAGCUUGUGGAAGUAUCGUGUGUAAAGUUCUCUCUGUCUGUUUCUUUGUUGAUUGAUUACUAAAAUGACCUUGUUAUUAAAGUAUGUGCAAGUA